AUGACAAUGAAUACCGCCAAACCCUCUUCUCCUAGGUAGAAUGGGAAUCUCAUUUCAAAAAAUUACUUGGGGUUGGUAAGUGCAAAUAACUAUAAAAACAUGCCCAUAUUGCACCCCCACAUUAAACUAGAGAUCAUCAAUUAAUACUGCAAAUAUCAUCAAUUUAAUUUAUGAAUAUGGAUAUACUUCUUUUCUCAAUCUUAAUACCCAUAUUGAUGUACGUCUUCCUGAAACUCAUCCUCAUAAUAACGAAAAAAUCAAGCACUCCAAAUCUUCCACCCGGGCCUAUGAAGUUGCCUGUAAUAGGAAAUCUGCACAACAUCAUUGGCCCGGAGCCGCCCCAUCGGGCCCUACACAAACUUGCGACGAAAUUCGGGCCGGUGAUGCACCUCCAGCUGGGCGAACUCUCUACGGUUAUCAUCUCAUCUCCCAAUGCAGCAAAACAAGUGAUGAAAACUCACGACAUCAACUUCGCAUCCAGGCCGUCCAUUCUAGCGACCGAGAUCAUGAGCUAUAACUCCACAAGCAUCAGUUCUUCCGUGUACGGUGACUACUGGAGACAACUCAGGAAGAUAUGCACACUCGAGCUCUUGAGCGCUAAGCGUGUCCAAUCUUUCCGACCGAUAAGAGAAGAAGCGUUUCUCGACCUCGCCAGGUGGAUAGCAAAGGAGGCCGAGGCCGAGGCCGCACCUGUCAAUUUUACUCGGAAACUAUACUCUUGUUCGUACGCUCUCACGUGGACGACGACACUCGGUAAUAAAACCGAGGCUAAGGAGAGAUUACUAAACAUAAUCAAACAAAGUAUUGAAUUGGCCUCGGGGUUUAACGUUGUCGAUUUUUAUCCUUCCGUCAAGUUGCUUCAAAUGGUGACCGGGUUAAGGAGGAGGAUGACCAAGCUGCACCGAGAAUCGGAUAAGAUUUUCGAUGAAAUCAUCCAUGACCACAUCAAGAUUAAUGAUGAUGACGACGAUGAUCGACAUAACAAACGAGAAGACCUACUCGACGUUCUUCUCAAAUUCCUGGACAACGACGGGGGGCAAGAGAUUUCGUUGACUAUGGACAAUGUUAAAGCUGUAGUCAUGGAUAUGUUGGCUGGCGGAAGUGAGACAUCAGCCACGACACUAAUUUGGGCAAUGGUAGAAAUGCUAAAGAAUCCAAGAAUAAUGGAAAAGGCGCAAGAUGAGGUGAGACGAGUUUACGACGACAAAGGGUACGUCGACGAGUCCAAAAUUCACGAACUCGAGUAUUUAAGGUCAAUUAUCAAAGAGACUCUGAGGGUUCAUCCACCAGCAGCUUUGUUAAAUCCAAGAAUAUGCACCGAAAAAUGCGAAAUAAAUGGAUACGAGAUACCCGCGGGUACCAAAAUCAUUGCGAAUACAUGGGCUAUUAACAGGGACCCCGAAUAUUGGGAACACGCGGAUUGCUUUGAACCCGAAAGAUUUCUUGAUAGUUCGGUGGAUUACAAGGGUAAUCAUUUCGAGUACAUCCCAUUUGGUGCCGGAAGGAGAAUAUGCCCUGCGAUAACGUUUGCUCUCGCUAAUAUGGAUCUACCACUUGCUAUUUUUCUCUACCAUUUCGAUUGGAAAUUGCCCGAUGGAAUGAAACAUGAAGAAUUGGAUAUGACGGAACGGGUCGGGGCGGAAAUUACCCGUGUCGAAGAUUUGUAUGUUGUUCCGGUUGUUAAAAGACCAGUGCCGCCGCAUGUCACGUGAUGCAAUAAAUUAAAUGUGUUAAUUAGUAAUAAAGGGAUGCAAGAGUACGUAGCUUGCCCGCCCGUGGUUUAAUUAUUUACAUGCAUUGCUUAAUAAUUAGAAAUGUGUUCAUCGAUCACAA